CAGUCAAAUUUACCGAAUACUACCAACAGCCAUUUUUCCAUUUUCAAUUUAAUUUUCUUAAGUGAAAACUUAGUUUACACACUUUAUAUUAGCAAUUCUUAAUUCAUUUAAUCUAAAAUUUUAAAAUUGUUAUCUUUAUUCCGUGGGAUAGUAAAAUUCAUUCCCACCUUGCUGUUUGGAAAUGGAUAACAAUGCCCCUGAAGAGACUCUUGAUGAACUAAACAGCAAACAUCGCAAAGAAAAGAAAGAACUCCAGUCUCAAAUUCAAUCCUUGAAGAAAAGCGCUGCGAAAGGUGACAAAAAGAAGCGCAAGGAAAUCCAGGAGGAAAUCUCUCGACUGGAAAUUGACUUGGAAAAGCGUCAGGCCAAUCAAUUGAAUGAAUUCCAAAACGAACGUAACUCUAAGCCAUCGCAACAGGCGAACGAGAAUGCAGUCGCAGAUGCUGUGCAGUCGGUCACGAAUGACUUUCUUUCUUUAGCCACCACCAAUGAUUUAGAUAAUCAACCAAAGCUUAGUAAAGCUCAGAAACGGCGCAACAAAAAAGCAUCUGAAGAAAGACAAAGAGACGCUGAGAUUCUUGCCAGCGAGGAAGAGAAUAAAAAUGGGCCUCGAAUGCUUGAACAUUGUGCAAUCGCAGAAAUUCUAAAGAAGCGCCAACUUAGACUUCAUACGAUCGCAUCUGAUGGAGAUUGUCUAUACAAAGCUGUUGCACAUCAGCUGCAGCUAACUGGCCGCGGUGCAUUUACAGUUGCUGAACUACGCCAUCAAACUGCCAACUACAUCCUUGAUAACAAGGAUCAUCUGAUUUUUUACAUGACCAAUUCAAAUACAGGAGAAAUCUUGACUGACGAAGACUUCAUAAAGUAUUGCCAAAAUAUUCGAAACACUGCCGCCUGGGGCGGACAGAUCGAGAUUAAGGCAUUAUCCAGUGCACUUCGUGUUCCCAUCGAAGUUCUCCAAGCUACUGGGCCUUCAACUAUUCAAGGGUCAGAAUACGAGGGCCCGAACUUGGUGGUAACGUACCACCGACUCAUGUAUAGUUUGGGCGAACAUUAUAAUUCCACCAGACCGCUGACAGACAACGAUAUCGAUGAAAACGACGCCGACGGUGAAUUUGACAGAGAAGAGUGUAAAAUUGAUGCUUAAUUUAGUCUACUGUUCAAUUAAUUGUUAGAAGUUCUCAACUUCGAAUUUUAUUUUAUAAGUUACAUCAAAAAUAAAAGAAAAAAAAAACUAACAAAUUGCUAGUUGUAUUUUAUAUUUAAA